AGAGUAAACACGAAACAUGGGAAAGCAGGAUUUAGUUACUAUGCAAAUAGCUGGAAUAAACUCCCUGAGGUUUUAAGACUUGCCCCAACUCUGAGCACCUUUAAAACAAGAUUGAAGACUUUUAUGUUUGCUUUAGCUUUCUGCUAAAUCUUAAAUACAUUGCACUUUCUAAAAGCUUUCUAUUUUACUCAUUGAUUUGACUUGAAUAACGGACUUUGCAUUUGUCUUCUUUUACUUAUCUAUUAUUUAAUUUUAUUGUAUGACAAUGUUUAUAUGUGAAGCACUUUGAGUCUGCCUUGUGUAUGAAAAGUGCUAUAUAAAUAAGGUUGCCUUGCCUUGCCUUGCCUAAGCUGUAAUGGAUCAGAGCUCACCAAAGCCCCAACAUGACCCCAGCAUAAUGUUUGUAGCCUACAAAUAAUACCUCAGGCGUACCUUCAAGAAAAACAUAACUAAUUGGAAGUUGAUAAGGGAGCACACACAAAAACUGCAGAGAUUUUCUUUCCCCUAGGCUUUAAUAAAUUUGUAAGACUAUUACUGAAUGAUUGUAAUAUUUAAUUAUAGGCUUUAUCUGCAACAGUAGAGCCCGUGCAUAUUAUCAUUUAGAAAAAUAUGCGGGCAAAUGGAGGUACCUUUUGCCCGGGACGCAUCCAAACACCAAUCCAUCUAAAAGUCCCAACACUAUCCCUUCAGGCCUCCCUCCAAAGCCUCUCCCCCAGAACACCUGCCUCUCUUUAUCAGUAGGUCGCCUAGCACUGUGGAAGAGUCCGUUUAGCACAAUGAGUGAACAGGCACAGCGUGAGCAGGUAGAUGGGCGGCUAGGUAGACAGACAGGUAAGCCGUCCAUCAUUUCCUUUCGGGCUGAAUGAAAUGAUUAAACAGGCUUAUUACAGGCCAGUCUGAACAACCCACCGGGGGCGGAGUGGGGGUCUAUAAACUUUUUUUUUCGGGAUCAACGAUGUACCUUUUCCCCCCGUUCUAUCCGAUUUCUUACCUUCUUUGGUCAGAUUAUCGAUUCAUUGAUUGCUGUUGGGAUGUAAAGAGAAUUGCCACAAAUAUGACAAAAUAUUCUUCUAAACUAAAUUACCUAACCCUAACUUUAAUUUCGAGUUACAUUAAUGACAUAAUGAACAUUGUAUCUAUGUAAUGCUCAUCAAUGACGUUUCUACUUUUCAGUCUUCAAAUGCGCUAAGGAUCAAUGGAAACUGAUGAGGCGUGUUUCUUAACCGGGGUCAGUCCCAGCGAGCCGUUGAUGGGUGGCAGCCCACAGGUUGAACCCCACCGCUCACGCGUUUGACCCUCUUCCUGACAGACUGAGCACUGAGCCUCCCGAGCCAUGGAGAUGGCGAUGGUGGAGUACCUGGCGGACCCCACAGGCACCGCCACGUUUAUCCUCCUCCAGAACACCUCCUCCAACACCACGGCCCCGCCCACCUCCACCCAACCCCAGCUGCUCCAGCUCGCCGACACCACGGGCUCGGCGGCGUUCGCCUUGGCCUUCCUGUCCCCGCUCGCCCUCGCCACGGCCGUCCUCAACGGCGGUGUCAUGGCCGCCAUCUGCAGCACCAAGAAGCUGCACCUGCCCGCCAACUACCUCAUCUGCUCGCUGGCCUUCACCGACUUCUUGGUGGCGGCGCUGGUGAUGCCGCCGGCGGCGCUGUACGUGGCGUCGGGCGCCUGGCGGCUGGGCAGCGCGGCGUGUGAGGCCUGGCUCAGCGUGGACAUGACCUGCUGCACCUGCUCCAUCCUGCACCUCUGCGCCAUCGCCCUGGACCGCUACUGGGCCGUCACCAAGGCGACCGCCGAGUACGCCCGCAGGAAGUCGGCCCGCCGCGUGGCCCUCAUGAUCGCGGCCGCGUGGCUUGUCUCCGUCUUCAUCUCCCUGCCGCCGCUGUUCUGGAGACGCGGGGGCGUGCGUGCUGCGGUCGCCGUGGACGACGGCGGAGACGAGGGGCAGUGUGUGAUCAGGCACGACCACGUGGGCUACACGGUGUACUCCACACUGGGGGCGUUCUACGUGCCCAUGGCGGUCAUCCUGGUCCUGUACCGGAGCAUCUACCGCGCUGCGAGGACGCUGUACCAGAAGAGGGGCUCCUCCUCCAGGAACCUCCGGAACCUGGGGAGCCAGAGCUCCAUGGACCGCUGCCGGGGGCAACAGCCGCCACAACCACAGCCGCCGCGGGCAUUCUGCGUGUCGGACGCCGGGCUGACGACCGUUGACACCCUGAGGGCCGGGGUGCGCUCCGUCUCGGACGGGGAGCUUACGGAGGGGCGGAGCCAGCAGGGUGGCGCGUCGCGGAGGGAGAGGAAGGCGGCAGGGAUCCUGGGUCUGAUCCUGGGGUCCUUCGUCCUCUGCUGGCUGCCGUUCUUCCUGAAGGAGCUGCUGGUGGGGCUGAGGCUUGCACAGCCCUCCCCGCGGGUCUCUGACGUCCUGGCCUGGCUGGGCUAUGCCAACUCCCUGGUCAACCCCCUGCUCUACACCAGCUUCAACGACGACUACAAGCGGGCCUUUAGAAAACUGCUCAGGAGGAAGGCCCACGCCUAAACUAAACUAAAGUAAACUAAACUUGCUACAUAAACAGGUCGAGGAAUACACUGGGGAUCUUGUGUUUUAACAGAACUAUAAAGACAAAUCAAGUCACUUGUGUUUACCUUUUAUAGCCCAUAAUAACAGUUACAGUGACUGCUUCAAAAUCCCAAUAUACGACAACCCCUUACCCUUAGCGCUCCGAAGGACAGAAAACACCUCCUCAUACCCAGAGGGAUCAAACCUUGAGAAGGAACACUGAAAAUAAAAUUUAAAACAUCAACAAAUUAAAGUUUUUCUGGUCCUCUUUUUUUUCUUUAUUCUGUCAAAUUAAUUGAUUGUGUACCAUAUCAUGGUACACAGAAGAGCCUGUUCGAAUUGUACGGCUUUAUUUGAAGCGUGACACAGAGAGCCAAAUUAUUUGAUUAGUAAAUUAUAUUUUGUACCCCCUUAUCAACUUUUUUCCUUGGAACUUAUAUCAUAUACUUACUUCAUUUAGCAUCAUUAUUGAUAAUGUAUUGUACUAUGAACUAAUAUUAUACUGUUAC